AUGUGCACGCUCAUGAACAUCAAAACCGGCGGGUGCAGCGAAGACUGCAGCUACUGCGCGCAGUCGACGCGGCACAACACGGGGCUGAAAGCGACGAAGAUGUCGCCGGUGGACGAGGUGCUGGCGGCGGCGCGGACGGCCAAAGCCAACGGGUCGACGCGGUUCUGCAUGGGGGCGGCGUGGCGCGACAUGCGGGGCCGCAAGACCUCGCUGAAGAACAUCAAGUCGAUGGUCAGCGGCGUGCGCGAGAUGGGGAUGGAGGUGUGCGUGACGCUGGGGAUGAUCGACGAGGCGCAGGCCAAGGAGCUCAAGGACGCCGGCCUGACCGCCUACAACCACAACCUCGACACCUCGCGCGAGUUCUACCCGUCCAUCAUCACGACGCGCUCGUACGACGAGCGGCUGCGCACGCUGGCCAACGUGCGCGACGCCGGCAUCAACGUCUGCAGCGGCGGCAUCCUGGGGCUGGGCGAGAAGGACGAGGACCGCGUCGGCCUGAUCUUCACCGUGGCCAAUCUGCCCAAGCACCCCGAGAGCUUCCCGGUCAAUGCCCUCGUGCCCAUCCCGGGGACCCCCCUGGGCGAUCGCAAGAUGAUCCCCUUCGAUCGCCUGCUGCGCACGGUCGCGACCGCCAGAGUCGUGCUGCCCGCCACCAUUGUGCGGCUGGCCGCCGGCCGCAUCUCGUUGUCGGAGGAGCAGCAGGUCGCCUGUUUCCAGGCCGGCGCCAAUGCCGUGUUUACGGGCGAGAAGAUGUUGACUACCGAUUGCAAUGGGUGGGAUGAGGAUCGCGAGAUGAUGGAUCGCUGGGGGUAUUAUCCUAUGAAGAGCUUUGAGAGGGAGGGGUUGGAGGCUGAGGUGGCCGGCAAGAAGGAGGAGGCCCAGCAGGCGGCUGUCUUGGAGGAGAAGGUGAGGGAGGUGUCUGCGCAGGUCGCGACCAGUUUGUGA